UGGGGCUGUUGGCGAGUGUUCUUCCUGCGUUUGACUCGUUUGACGCAACAACACACUUUUCCUGAAAAUCAUUUUUACUUCGUGAAGCUGGACAGUCGCCGCCGCCAGGCAACGAAUUGAACCUCUGCUGGUACUUCGUGUUUAAACGUAUUCAGGAUGAAUUGUGAACUUCUGGCAACAUGCAGCGCUCUUGGAUACCUGGAGGGAGACACUUAUCACAAAGAAGCUGAUUGUUUAGAGAGUGUGAAAGACUUGAUCAGGUUCUUGCGCUAUGAAGAUGACACCCGUGAUGUCCGCCAGCAACUGGGCGAAGGCCACAUCAUAAAACAUGACCUUCUGCCUAUUAUCACUCAGCAUGGGCAUGACAAGGCCUUGUUUGAUGCCUGCAUACGGCUCAUGGUGAAUCUAACACAACCUGCUAUGCUCUGCUUUGGGAAGGUUCCUGAUGACCCUGUGUUUAGACAUCACUUUUUGCAAGUGACUUCUCAUUUACAAGCCUACAAAGAGGCAUUUGCUACUGAGAAGGUGUUUGGAGUUUUAAGUGAGACGCUGUACAACCUGUUACAAAUGGAAUGGGAGCAGAGGCAGGAAGAAGACAACCUUCUGAUUGAGAGAAUUCUGCUGCUGGUCAGGAAUGUGCUUCAUGUACCUGCAGACCCUUUGGAGGAGAAGAAAGUGGAUGAUGAUGCCAGUGUCCACGACAAGCUGCUCUGGGGCAUUCACAUGAGCGGUUUCGAUGACCUGGUCAAGUUUUUGGCAUCAGCCCAGAGUGAGCAGCAGUGGAGUAUGCACGUGUUGGAAAUCAUCUCCCUCAUGUUCAGAGACCAGACACCGGACACUUUGGUGAGUGCGGGACACGCUCGCUCAGCAGAAGAGAAGCAGAGAGACACUUCGGAGCUGGAGGGGCUGAGGCAGAGGGAGCAGGCAGCGAAACGUUCUCGCACACUGCAAAGAGGAACCAGACAUUCACGGUUUGGAGGGUCUUUUGUUGUGAAAGGCCUUAAGGCAAUUGGAGACAAUGAGGUGAUUUAUCACAGAAAUGUUCACAAUUUCAAAAACUACACUCACGACAUGGGUAAAGCUGUGAGACGCGUUCCCAGGCGCAAUCGACAGGCCCAGGACUGUAUGAACAAACGGCGCUCGGCUUUAAACGUGCGACUCUUCCUGCGAGAGUUUUGUGUGGACUUCUUAGAAAACUGCUACAAUCGCCUCAUGUACAUUGUCAAGGAAAGCCUGAUUCGAGAGGAGUCUCAGGAGCAUGAUGAGACCUACUACCUGUGGGCACUCAGCUUCUUCAUGGCCUUCAACCGCUGCAACAAUUUCCGUGCCGAUUUAGUUUCUGAGACCAUGUCCACCCGCACGUUCCAUUUUAUGGAGCGAAACAUCACCAACUACUACGAGAUGAUUUUGACCGACCGCAAAGAGGCCACGUCCUGGUCCCGCAGGAUGCACCUGGCACUGAAGGCAUAUCAGGAGCUGCUAAUGACUGUAAACGAGAUGGACCGAUCACAAGAUGAAAGCAUCCGCCACAGCGCCAAUGUUAUCAAAAGUAACAUAUUCUACCUAAUGGAAUAUAGGGAGAUAUUCCUGACUUUGCUGAGAAAGUACGAUGGGACCAAACAGCCUCAGUCGUAUCUUAAAGACCUGGUGGAGUCAACCCAUCUCUUCCUGCGUAUGUUAGAGCGCUUCUGCAAAGGUCGCAGGAACUUGGUGGUGCAGAAAAAGAAAGUGAAGCGGAAAAAGUCUCGAGGAGAGAAAAACCAGCCAGUUGUAGAAAGGACCCCGGAAGCUCUGGCAGACACCUGGAAGAUUGUGGAGGAACAACUGAAGGGUAUAAAGUUUCAGCUGUCAGAGUCUUUAACUGCGCACAUUGUGCCUUUCGAUUGCACAUCUGAAACUCCUCUCGAGGAGCAGCGGACUGAGGCCAUGGUGAGGAUGCAGGAUGCGCUGCAGGCUCAGUUAGGACCAGAGGCUUUAGCACUCCUGAGGGCUGCCAGGGAAGUGUGGCCCGAGGGAGAUGUGUUUGGCUCGACUGAUGUGGAACCUGAAGAAGAACUUGAAUUGCUCAAGCAGAUCUUACAUGCAGAGCUGCCAAGGUCAGCUCCUCCUGAGACUCAAAUGGAAGAGGAUGAUGAGGAUGAUGCAGAUCUCGAAGAGGAAGAAGAGUUGGAGGCCGUCCAGGUUUCUGAAACUGAGUUCAAAUUUUUGGACUUCAUCAAGAAGUUUGCCAACCCCGGCAUUGUGCAUCCAUACCUGGUCUUACUCAAAUCUUACUCAAAAAACACGCCUCACACUAACCACUGCAUCGCUCGAAUGCUUCACCGUGUAGCAUUUGACCUCAAAAUGGACGCGUUGCUGUACCAGCUGUCUGUCUUCCAUCUCUUCAACAAGAUCCUGAGGGAUGCAGCUGCCUCUGCUUACAAGGAGCUGGUCACCUUUGCCAAGUAUGUGCUAAACCGUUUCUUUUCGCUGGCAGCCACCAACAACAAGGCCUAUGUUGAACUGUUGUUCUGGAAAAAUGUUGGCGCUGUGCGUGAGAUGACUGAAGGCUAUGGCAAAGACAAAGCAGAAAAAAUGCCAGCUUGGAGUGAAGAGGAGGAGCAGGAAUUGCGCACCCUUUAUGAAGAGCACCAACACUCUGAAGUGCCAGACAUUGUGGAGACUCUGUUGCCAUUGCUAAGCAACAAUACACGCACACGGAGGCAGGUCGUUACCCAGCUGGUGCGCAUGGGUCUUGUGGACAGCACUAAAGAGCUGAAGAAACCCAAGAAAGGUACUGGGAUCGUUCUUUGGACUGAGGACCAGGAAGAAGAACUUCAGAUGCUCUAUGAAGAAUACAAAGACUCUGAUGAUGUGCUUGGCAACAUCCUUAAGAAGCUCACAGCCAAGCGCUCCCGUGCACGUGUGGUGGACAAGCUGCUCAGUAUGGGCCUGGUGUCAGAGAGGCGAGAACUUUACAAGAAGAGGAGUCGAAGUUCUUGUCCAAAGAGCUCGGGCACACAAAUGUCUGAAGAGGAAUUCCUAGCUGGACUCGCGCAAGAUUUCCCAGAUGAGUCUCUGAACAGAGAGGAAGAUGAGUCUGAAGAGAGUGAGGAAGAAGAUGAGGAGGAAAAGAAAGAAAGACAGAAUGCUGGCAGCAGGACGAGCCACAGCUUUGUGUCUGAAGGGGAGAGGAGAACUGAUGUUGCCACCAUGGUCACGAUGCUGCAUAAGAAAGGCAUGUCUGAAGCCCUUGGGUGGUUACAACGCUGUCUAGACCGAGCAGCUAAGGGCCGGGAAGAUGAUGGUUUUUCCCAGGCUGCUCCUCUUGUCCCUCUCACUGAGGCAUGUGAAGACGCCAUGGAGGACAAGAGCUUCCAUAAAUUGCUGUGCAAACUGGGGAUGCGGGCGCCUGCAAAUGAACAGGAGACGUUUUGGAGAAUCCCAGAAAAGAUCAUCCCAUCUCAGCUCCGAUGUGCAGCUGCGUCUCUCAGUCAAAAUCUGGAUGAAUCUGAAAGGGAGGAAGUCCUUGUGGAAGAAGGUGGACCACCUGAAGAUCAUCAGGAGGGGAAGAGCAAGGCCUCUGAUUCACAACGAGCACACGCUUUGAGGGCCCUAUUGAUUGCACGCAAGAGGAAACAGCACUCCAACAAAGAUGAAGCCUAUCAGGAUUUGGAGGGUGCAGACAGUUCAUUUGAGAGGCCCCAAGAGAAGACAACUAAAAGAAGCAGAGUUUUGGAUGAUGAAGAGGAGGAAGAUGAUGGUUUCAUCGUUGCACUGGAAAUUGAUACAAAUGGUGAAGCAGAUUCAGAAGAGGAAAAUAUUUCCGCACCAGUGAAGCGACGACGGAAGAUGGUAUUAAUUGAUGAAGAAGAGGAUGAGGAUUAGUUGAGAAUCCUUGCAAUGCGGUCAAUACAGUGAAAACAAACUCCCAAAGAAACAGUUCCUUGUUAUAAGGCAUAGUUAGGUUUAAUGUACCCUACAUUAAGAAUACUGUCAUUGUGUACUUGAUUGUUGAUUAAGGGAGUGUUUUGAGGCAACUGAGGCAAAAGGUAAUGCACUUCAGUUCUAUUGCGACUAGCCUAUGCACAUCCAGGCUAUAUCCACAGACAUCCUUGGAUACCAUUAUUCUGAUCAACAUGAGAAGAUAAUUAAAUGAUUGUUAACUUUCCCCGUUGCCAAAUGGCCACCCCUAUUUUGUAGUCAUACUAUGAAACAUAUUUUGUUUAUUGCCUUCUCUUUGGACUUCCAAUAUAAAUAUGCACAUCUUUUAUGUCUUGCAAUUAAACUUGAUACCUGCUCUUACAACAAA